AUGGCCUUACUUUCACUGGUCUUAGCCAACAUCUGGCGAAGAGUCGAGACCCCCGCUGUCAAGCGCUCUAUCGAUCACGUCAACCAGUCAACUCCACAUCCGCUGAAGACCACCAUAUGGAAGACUGAGGAUGAACUGGUUGAACCACCCGUCUUUGAAGGUGACGACUUCGAGGGCGAGAACUAUGGCGAGUUCGAUGAUGGAAAUAACCCGUAUUUCCCUUUCUGCUCCCAGAUUGACUGGGAGAUCGCAAGGUGGUCGAAACUUCGCGGACCUACUUCCACGGCAUUUACAGACCUGCUAGCAAUCAAUGGAGUUAGAGAGUCUUUGGGGCUCUCCUUCAAAAACGCGAAGGAGCUAAACGCGAUUAUCGACAACGAGUUGCCAACGGGACACCCGAAGUUCAAGCUUUUCGAUGUGUAUCACCGUGAUGUUAUUGAGUGCAUUGAGGCACUCUACGGGGAUCCCGACUUUGCAGAUUAUCUCGCUUUCACUCCAGAGCGGCAUUAUGCCGACGAAGAUCAAACCACGCGCUUGUUCCACGACAUGUACACUGGGAAGUGGUGGUGGGAUACUCAGAAAAAACUUGAUCAACACUGCCUCGGGGGCACAAUCAUACCAAUCAUCAUUUCAUCCGAUAAAACCCAAGUCACCAUGUUUCGCAAUAAGGCCGCCUACCCCGUUUACCUGACAAUUGGAAACAUACCGAAGGAAAUCCAUCAUAAACCUUCCCACAGUGCACACAUCCUCCUUGGGUAUCUGCCCACCACCCGCCUCGAACACAUCCCUAAUAAAGCUUCUCGCCGUCGCACUAUCUCCAACCUAUAUCAUGCAUGCAUGUCUCGCAUACUGGGCCCACUCGAAAGGGCAGGAUUGGAUGGUGUUAAGAUGCGCAGUGGUGAUGGCGCUCUUUGCUGCUGUCACCCUUUGUUUGCCUCCUUCGUUGGCGACUACCCAGAGCAGCUCCUUGCUACUGGCGUGAAGUUUAUGGAGUGCCCCAAAUGCGAUAUUGAUGCCGACGACAUGGGGAGCAACACAGCAGCCUUUCACUUGCGCAAUCUGGGCUCAGUGCUAGAUGCGCUCGCUGCUCUUGAUCAAGGAAGUCUUGCAUUUGUCUGUGCAUGUGCCACUGUAGGCAUCAAGCCCAUUGUUCACCCGUUCUGGGAGGAUCUCCCCUUUGCGAACAUCUUUCGCACUGUCACCCCUGAUGUACUGCAUCAGCUGUACCAGGGACUAGUGAAACAUCUUGUCCAGUGGCUUUCGGAAGCAUGCGGAGCGGUAGAAAUCGAUGCUCGAUGUCGACGUCUCCCUCUGAACCACAACAUCCGACUAUUUACAAAAGGUAUCACUACCUUGUCACGUCUGAGUGGCAAGGAACAUGCCCAAAAUUGCCAAUUUCUACUGGGAAUCAUCAUUGACAUUCGCUUACCAAAUAAUUUGAAUGCAGGUCGCCUCUUACGAGCAGUGCGGGGACUACUGGAUUUCUUGUACCUCGCACAGUAUCCUUGCCACAGCUCCGAAACUCUAGAACUAUUACACGCGGCACUAGACACUUUCCACGACAACAAGGGUAUUUUUGUGGACCUUGGUAUCCGCAACAAUUUCAAUUUACCGAAGCUCCACGCCGCUCGCCAUUACCCCCUCAUGAUCAUGCUGUUCGGUACAACAGAUAAUUACAAUACUGAGUACACUGAACGCCUCCACAUCGACAUCGCGAAGGACGCUUACCGUGCGACAAACCACAAGGACGAAUUCAUUCAAAUGACCAUCUGCUUUCGUCGUGAGCAAGUCAUGAUGAAACAUCCUAGUGCAAAGGCUGUUAGCUUGCAGAAACUCAUCAACGAUUACGGCGCGACCUAUUUCCGCGAGGCGUUGGCACGCUACAUUGCUCGACUCAACUGCUCCCCUCACCAUGUUCCACAAGGUCAAGAACUUGACGACUUGGCAAUCGAUAUUCAUUUUCCUUUCCGCACACUACCUGUUUUCCACAAGAUUAAGUGGCUGUCAUUGGAUACUCGUGGCCAUGGUGAUGCAUCUGUCACGCUGGACAGUAUACAUGCUAAACCACAGCAUCACUCUGGUUCUCGUCUGGUGGCUCAGCGAUCUGAUACAGCAUUGGUGGAUCGGAUGACAGGUGCUCCAGGGUUGAAAGAUUUACGGGUGGGCCAAGUUCGUGCAAUCUUUGCUUUGCCACCCACAUCAAUACUGAUGCUAUUUUCACCUACUGUCCAAGUACCCAGUCAUCUUGCAUACAUCGAGUGGUUCACGCUGUUCCCCCCAGCACCUGACCGGAACCAUGGUUUCUACAAGCUCUCUUGGGCGCUAGCACGCGGUGGAGAGCGUUUGGCUUCCAUUGUGCCCAUUGCCAAUAUUUUGUGCAGCACUCACCUUGUCCCAAGAUUUGGCGCUGUUGCGCCACGUGAGUGGACGAGUGGUACUGUCCUAGACGACUGCGAGAGUUUCUGGUUGAACUUGUACUUGGACAGACAUACCUUUGCGAAGUUCAAAUAA